AUUCAAAGCCCGUCAAAUGGAGCGUUUGAUCUGGCUGGGUAUGCGACGGUCCGACUUCGCUCCCACGCCUAUCUCUUACCUCACCGAGCUCUCCAUCACCUCAACUCGUGUCUCUCUCUCUCUCUCUGUCUCUCUUCUCUCACCUACUGCGUCUUCAGCAGCUGUUGCCUCUUGGUUGAAUCUGUGAGCUCUUAAUUCCUUGUUUGUUCUUCUCCUCGUUCCUCAUCCCUAUCGAUGGAUGAUCGAUCGGAGAAGGCGUUUUGGUAUGACGAACUCAUCGAUGCGCUCAAGGAGGAGCGCAGGAAGAUACAGGUCUUCCGGCGGGAGCUGCCUCUCUGUUUGCAUCUCAUUGACCAAACGAUCGAAAACUACAUGCAACUGAUGAUGAUGGAGGACACCGUGAGAACAAGUAAUGAGACUGUCCUAAAAGAAUUCAUAUCCUUAAAGCCAUGCUCUGGUGCUUCGGAAGAGAACAAAGAUCCAGAUCCAGUCCCAGAGAAAGAUCGAGUUCGAAAGCCGGUAGCGGUCGAGGCAAGGAAGGUCAGGGAAGAUGCCCACCCCGGUGACAAAGAAGAUGACUUGGGCAGUGAAGGAGGGGAAGGUAAAGGUGGAGAUGGAGAGGACAAGAAGAAGUCUGCUUCUCAGGGGAAGACGAGGCGAUGGUGGUCGGAGGACCUGCACAAGCGGUUCUUGGACGCGCUUCAGCAGCUCGGAGGCUGCCAUGCAGCGAAGCCAAAGCACAUACGGGAGCUGAUGAAGGUGGAUGGGCUCACAAACGAUGAAGUCAAGAGUCAUUUACAGCAAAGCUAAUCUACACAUGUUUCAGAAAUACCGGCUUCAUGCAAGAAGAAGAAGAAGCACCGCAGUGGAAAACCCUAGCGCUGGAGUUCCCCAGCUUGUGGUUCUCGGAGGCAUAUGGAUUCCGCCACCCGGUUAUGGAGUUGCAGCUGCAACUCAUCCUGUGGUGAAUGAACCACGAAAUGGGACUCAUCCUUCUCUGCCAUUCCCGUCCUCCAACUCAGUGCUCGAACACCAGAACCAAUACAACAUCAUCUGACUGUUCUUUUGGAGUUCUUGAUGGAUCUGUCCAUUGUUGUUUGUCCUUAGACUUGCCCUAUGUGCUUAGCCAUUGGCAAGGACAAGGCUAAAGGUUCAUAUGCAGCGAGUUGGCUAUAUAUAUCCAUGUAGAUUUGCAUGUUGUAGAGAGGAAAUUAGAAGUAUAGGUUUUCGCGGAUGUUAUAAAAGAGAAGCUACCGAAGCCUUUGCACAGUCCAAUGAGGCAAAAGAAGCAUAAAUAUUGUGUGUGUUUUCAUGUGAAA